AGAAAGUUUUCUCCUCACGGAAGCCCGGCACCUCCAGCCAUGAAUGGAACAGAGGGUCCAAAUUUCUACAUCCCUAUGUCUAAUAAGACUGGGGUGGUGAGAAGCCCAUUCGAAUACCCCCAGUAUUACCUGGCAGAGCCAUGGAAGUACUCUGCUAUUGCUGCCUACAUGUUCUUCCUCAUCAUUACUGCUUUUCCCAUCAAUUUCCUUACCCUCUAUGUCACCGUGCAGCACAAGAAGCUGAGAUCGCCGCUCAACUACAUCCUUCUAAACCUGGCAGUGUCCGGCUUAUUCAUGGUUUUUGGUGGCUUCACGACCACCUUGUACACAUCCAUGCAUGGCUACUUCAUCUUUGGGGAGACAGGCUGCAACUUAGAGGGCUUCUUUGCUACUCUGGGAGGUGAAAUUGGUCUGUGGUCCCUCGUGGUCUUGGCCAUUGAAAGGUACAUAGUGGUCUGCAAACCUAUGGCUAACUUCCGAUUUGGAGAGAACCAUGCCAUUAUGGGCGUUGUCUUCACUUGGAUCAUGGCCUUGUCCUGUGCUGCUCCACCUCUCUUAGGGUGGUCCAGGUACAUCCCUGAAGGUAUGCAGUGCUCAUGUGGUAUUGACUACUACACCCUCAAGCCUGAAGUCAACAAUGAAUCUUUUGUCAUCUACAUGUUCAUUGUCCACUUUACUAUUCCAAUGAUAGUGAUUUUUUUCUGCUAUGGCCGCCUGGUCUGCACUGUCAAAGAGGCUGCUGCCCAGCAACAGGAAUCUGAAACCACCCAGAGGGCCGAAAGAGAAGUCACCCGCAUGGUUGUGGUCAUGGUUGUCGGCUUCUUGAUUUGUUGGGUGCCCUAUGCCAGUGUUGCCUGGUACAUUUUCACCCACCAAGGCACCGACUUUGGCCCCGUCUUUAUGACAGCACCUGCUUUCUUUGCCAAAAGUGCUUCUCUCUAUAACCCUAUAAUCUACAUCUUCUUGAACAAACAGUUCCGUCACUGCAUGAUCACCACUCUGUGCUGCGGCAAGAAUCCCUUUGGCGAGGAGGAUGGAACCUCUGCUGCCUCCAGCAAGACAGAAGCCUCCUCAGUCUCUUCCAGCCAGGUGUCUCCUGCGUAAAGUCUCCAGACAACUUCGCCGUGGGGCAGGCUCUGCAGCUGCAGCCAUAUUACCCGCUCUCUGCCGAGCGUGCCGACGGGCGCACGAAAUCAGGAUGGACUUUCAGCGACUGAACGUGGAGAUCACUUGAACAAGGCUGUAAAUACAUGUUUGAUAUUAACACCAUAGAUUAAAAUAAAACACCAAAGAGACUUUCCACCUCCUGUCAAUGGCUAUCAAGAAGGCGCCUCCCUCCCUCAACCCAAAGAAUUAAGAGACCACCUAUUUUGUACCUCCAGGUCUUACUUCAGAUAUUCUGAGCUUUAUAAAAUGCAUGGGAU